UCUUCAGCUCACGCCUGCAAACAUUGGGGAAAUGAAGAGUCAAUGACAAGCUACCGGCCGUCCGUGUUUUCCGCAAUACCGAGAGGAGAUUUUUACCAGCCGUUCUACAGAAAGCUCUGCGUCAUGGCCAGGUAGCCGCUCAGAGCGAUGGGAUUUUUUCGACAGAUUUCCCUCCUGCUCUGGAAGAACGUCACAUACCGCAGGAGGAACAAGAUCCAGCUGAUCAUCGAGCUCUUAUGGCCGCUCUUCCUCUUCGUCAUCCUCAUCUCUGUUCGUCAUUCACACCCUCCGUACAAACAGAGCCAAUGUCACUUUCCAAACAAAGCCUUGCCGUCAGCCGGCACCUUGCCCUGGAUUCAGGGCAUAAUUUGCAACAUCAACAACCCAUGCUUCCACAGUCCAACACCGGGGGAGACGCUGGGCCAAGUAGGCAACUUUGACAACUCCAUACUGUCCCGUCUCUUCGUGGACGCCCAGACGGUGCUGUCCUACAGUGGGAACCGGAGCUUCUCCGGCUUUCAGGACCUGAUGGAGAGCGUCCGAAGGCUGGGAGAGAGACCUGGAGCCUGGCCAAAUUUGCCAGUAGAAGAAUACCUGAGAGCCAACGAGACGUUCUCCAGCUUCCUGGUGACCAGCGGCGGCCUGCCGGCUGUGACUGUGGACCAGUUGCUGAAGGCUCGUCUGGAUUUUCGGGUUUCUGUGGCUGGUGCUCAACUGCAGCUGAAGGACUUGGUGUGCAACGCGAGCAUGUUGGGACAGUUUCUGAAGGUGGAAGGAGGAGAAGCCGCCAUGAAAGAUCUUCAGACUCAGCUUUGUAGCCUUCCAGCUGAUGUGCUGCAGGAAGCCGAGCGCCUCUUUCUCUCUCAGCUCGACUUCACCAAGUUCUUUACGAGAGACCGUCUGCUGGCCAACGCGGGAGACCUAAGGGUCAUCAGUCAGGCCGUCACCUCCGUUUCCCAAGAGCUGGCCGUCCUCAUCGAUGACUUCUCAUCUCUGUCCAGCUUCGCGGACAUGAGCACAGCUCUUCGCCUGUUGUCUCCAGAAAAUCGCUCGGCGAUGCCCAGGGAGAGUUUUCGUGCCUUUUCGAGGAUCAUGUGCGGUCACCCUGAGGUUGGCGGUGAGCGCAUCCCGUCACUGAACUGGUAUGAGGACAAUGACAUCAAGUCCUUCUUAGGAAAGAAUGGCACUGAAGACACAGACCCGGAGACGGACGGGGACAACAACACCACUCCCUUCUGUAAAAAUUUGAUCCACGGUCUGGAGUCCAACCCUCUGUCCCGCAUUGUGUGGAGAGGAAUAAAACCUCUGUUCAUCGGAAAACUGCUUUACACACCCGACACUCCUGCAAUACAACAAGUCAUGAAAGAGGUAAACAAGACAUUCGAGGACAUGCAGAUCCUCCAGGAGCUGAAUGCAGCCUGGAUGGAAGUCGGACCACGAGUCAAGACUUUCAUGGAGAGCAGCGUGGAGAUCCAGCUGCUGCAGGAUCUGCUGAGGCGGCCAGAGGUCGCGGUACUGGUAAACCUGCGCCUGGAGAACACAUCCUGGACGGCCUCUCGGAUCGCACGUUUUCUGUCCACACCCUCGCCAGAUGCCCCGAGGAAUCCUAAAGCACCGCCUACCUGGCUGGACAUCUACAACGACCUCGGCCACACCAUCACCACCCUCGCAGAAGUCUCUGAGUGUUUCUCUCUGAACAAGCUGGAGGGGUUGGAGUCCGAGGGUCAGAUGAUUGACAGGGCUUUGGAGCUACUUGAGGACAGGCAGUUUUGGGCUGGUGUGGUUUUCCUGCUGCCCAACUCCUCGUCCCCAGACCUGCCGCCACACGUCUCCUACAAAAUCAGAAUGGACAUUGAUGAUGUGACCAGGACCAACAAGAUCAAGGACAGAUUUUGGGAUCCUGGUCCUGCAGCUGACCCAUUUAAUGACAUGCGCUACAUCUGGGGCGGCUUUGUGUACGUUCAGGACCUAGUGGAGAGUGCUGUGAGUCGCAUGCUGACCGGAGUCCAACAAACCACCGGCAUCUACAUCCAGCAGAUGCCGUAUCCCUGCUAUGUGGACGAUGUUUUCCUCCGGGUGCUGAACCGCUCUCUGCCACUCUUCAUGACGCUGGCCUGGAUCUACUCGGUGGCCAUGAUCAUCAAAGGCGUGGUGUACGAGAAGGAGGCGAGGCUGAAGGAAACCAUGAGGAUUAUGGGUCUGGGAACGGGAACGCUGUGGCUCAGCUGGUUCAUCAGCAGCAUUGUUCCUUUCCUGUUCUCUGCAGGGCUCCUCAUUGCUCUGCUCAAGUGGGGGGACAUUCUGCCAUACAGCAACCCAGCUGUUGUGUUUUUCUUCCUGACGGCGUUUGCCACCGCCACCAUCAUGCAGUGCUUCCUCAUCAGUACGUUCUUCUCUAAAGCCAACCUGGCCGCUGCAUGUGGAGGGCUGAUCUACUUCGGCCUUUACCUGCCUUACGUACUGUGUGUAGCUUGGAGAGACCGGCUCACCACCACCUACAGAGUCCUCGCUAGUUUCCUGUCUCCUGUGGCCUUUGGCUUCGGAUGUGAGUAUUUCUCUCAGUACGAAGAGCAAGGCGUGGGCAUCCAGUGGUCGAACCUCCACUCCAGUCCCGUGGAAGGAGACUCCUACAGCUUUACUACCUCUAUAGUCAUGCUCUAUGUGGACGCUUUCAUCUAUGCUGUGGCAGCCUGGUACAUCGAAGCUGUGUUCCCUGGUCAAUAUGGGAUCCCAAGGCCUUGGUACUUCAUCUUCCAAAUCAACUACUGGGGUGGAGUUCCUCUGGAGGCCGGCAUGCCAAUCCCGCCCCCACCCACAGAAGAAGAUGAAGAUCAGAUUGAGCCAGAACCGAGUGACCUUAUCCUGGGCGUGAGCGUCAGAAACCUGGUGAAAAUAUACAAGAAGGGAGGCAAACUGGCCGUGAAUCACCUCAACCUAAAGUUCUACGAGGGGCAGAUCACAUCUUUCCUCGGCCACAACGGAGCCGGCAAAACCACCACUAUAUCUGUCCUUACUGGCCUGUUUCCACCGACUUCGGGAACUGUGUACAUUAAAGGGCUGGACAUCCGUCAUGACUUGGACAUCAUCCGGAGGACGCUGGGAGUUUGUCCACAACACAACAUCCUGUUUGACAUACUGACAGUGGAGGAGCAUGUGUGGUUUUAUGGGUGUCUCAAGGGUUUGUCUGAAGCAGAAGUGAAAGCUGAGCUGGACACUCUGCUGGAAGAUGUCGGCCUGCUGCAUAAACGACAUGAACAGACCAAAAACCUCUCUGGUGGAAUGCAGAGAAAGCUGUCGGUGGCAAUAGCCUUCGUUGGAGGCUCCAAGGUGGUUGUUUUGGAUGAACCCACAGCCGGAGUUGAUCCAUACUCACGCAGAGGGAUCUGGGAUUUACUGCUUAAAUAUCGCAAAGACCGGACCAUCAUCCUGUCCACCCACUACAUGGAUGAAGCAGAGCUGCUAGGUGACCGGAUUGCGAUUAUCUCCCAGGGAAAGCUGUGUUGCUGUGGCUCACCUCUCUUCCUGAAAUCCCGCCUUGGAUCUGGCUACUAUCUGACUGUGGUAAAGAGGGAGGGACUAAAUACCAGCACUCCCAGCAGCACCAGUAUCUGCACCAGCACAAGCACCAGCACCAACAAGCUGCCCGCUCUCAAGGACAGUGAGUCCUCCAUGAGUGAAGACACCGGCCUGGGAAGUGAGGAGAGUAGCUCAUACCUCGCGGCGUUGCUCUCCCUGGCGCAGCAGCACAUCGCGGGGGCGAGACUAGUAGAGGAGUCGGGGCGCGAGGCGGUGAUCAACUUGCCGCAGACAGCAGCUAAGGACAGCAGCCUGGCCGUCUUCCUGUCCGAACUGGAUCAGAGGCUGACCGAGCUCGGCAUCAGCAGCUACGGGCUGUCAGACAGCACACUGGAAGAGAUCUUCCUGCGAGUGGCAAAGGAAACUGGCGUGGAUGAGGAAGCAGAGCCACAGGCCGGAUCUCCCUGCAGGCAGCCUUCAUCAGUUGGGCAGAUGGCUGAGAGACAACGUGAUGAAGAACCAGAAGCCGGAAGGAAAAGGCUUCAAAAGCAAGAACCCCAGGAGACGGACCCACUUAGUGGAGAUGGCCGAGGUGAGCUGCCACUGACCGGCUGGUGGCUGACCUGGCAGCAGCUCAGGGCUCUCUUCAUCAAACGCUGGCUUUAUGCUCGAAGGAGCCGCAGGGGCUUCUUCGCUCAGGUCGUCCUGCCCGCUGUGUUCGUGCUGGUCGCUCUGCUCUUCAGCCUCAUCGUUCCUCCGUUCGGGAAGUAUCCCUCCCUGCAGCUGCAGCCCUGGAUGUAUGGAGAACAGUUCACGUUCUUCAGCAAUGAUGCACCUGGGAACCCAGCCAUGGAGAACUUGCUGGAAGCUUUGCUGGACCAGCCCGGUUUUGGUACCAAGUGCAUGGAGAAAGAGGAGGAAGAGAACAGCACGUGUGAAGGCGCGCGGGGGGGCCAGUUCAUGCGACCUCAGGUCUCCUUCUCCACCUGGCAAAUGUUCAGCAAAGGCAACUGGAGCAGAGGCGCCCCGUCUCCCGACUGCCAGUGCAGCACGGAGGACGUGCGCCGGAUGCUCCCCGACUGCCCGCAGGGUGCCGGCGGACUGCCGCCUCCGCAGAUUAAGAGGGUGACUGGAGAUGUGCUGCAGAAUCUAACAAGUUAUAACAUCUCUGACUACCUGGUGAAAACCUACUCUCAGAUUCUCAAAAAAAGUCUAAAAACCAAGAAGUGGGUGAAUGAAUUCAGAUAUGGAGGUUUCUCUCUCGGGGGAAGCUCUACUCAGACUUUAUCUCCGCCCCACCACGUCCAGGACUCCGUCAUGGCGAUCAGGUCGCGUUAUCAAGUUCAGCAGAACAGUUCGCUGGAUCUUCUGCUCAACAGACUGCCAGAUUUUCUAGGAGGACUGAACCGCCAAAGCAAUGUCAAGGUGUGGUACAAUAACAAAGGGUGGCAUGCCAUGGUGUCAUUUGUCAACGUGAUGAACAACGGCCUGCUGAGAGCGAGUCUGCCACCGGGUCCGGAGAGGAUGAGACACGGCAUCACCGCCUACAACCACCCGCUCAACCUCACCAAGGAACAACUCACAGAAAUGGCCAUGAUGACCACAUCAGUAGAUGUCCUGGUCUCCAUCUGCGUGAUCUUCGCCUUGUCCUUUGUGCCGGCCAGCUUUGUCCUCUUUCUGAUUGAGGAGCGAGUCAGUAAAGCCAAACACCUUCAAUUUGUCAGCGGGGUAAAACCGAUCCUUUACUGGCUGGCCAACUUCACCUGGGACAUGUUGAACUACACAGUCCCAGCUACCAUGGUGGUGCUGAUCUUCAUCUGUUUCCAGCAGCAGUCGUACGUCUCAGAGACCAACCUGCCUGCGCUGGUCCUGCUCCUCCUCUUCUACGGGUGGUCCAUCACCCCUCUGAUGUACCCAGCGUCCUUUCUGUUCAGCGUCCCAAGCACAGCCUAUGUAGUCCUCACCUCCAUCAACCUCUUCAUCGGAAUCAACGGCAGCAUCGCCACCUUCGUCCUGGAGCUGUUUGUUGACGAGCAUCUCAACGAGGUGAACAAGAUUUUGAAGAAGGUGUUUCUCAUCUUCCCUCAUUUCUGCCUGGGACGAGGGCUCAUCGACAUGGCUAAGAACCAGGCCAUGGCAGACGCCUUCCAGAGACUCGGUUCGAAGCAGACACUGAACCCUCUUCAUUGGGACUCCGUAGGGAAGAACCUGUUUGCGAUGGCAGCCGAAGGGGUUAUCUUCUUCAUCUUCACCAUUCUGCUACAGUACAAGUUCUUCAUUCGCCUCGGGUCGUGGUGGGGCGAGCCAGAGAUGCCUCCGCUUGGUCCAGAGGAUGAGGACGUCCACAGGGAGAGAGAGAGGGUCACGGGCGGCAAAGCCCAAUCAGACAUCCUCUCCAUGAUCGACCUGAGCAAGGUUUAUAAAUCAGGCAGGAAGCCGGCGGUGGAUCGCCUCUGCCUCGGGAUUCCUCGGGGAGAGUGUUUUGGCCUGCUGGGGGUGAACGGAGCAGGAAAGACCUCCACCUUUCGCAUGCUGACCGGAGACACGAGCAUCACCUACGGAGAGGCUUUCCUUAAUCAACAUAGUGUGAUGACAGAGAUGGAGCGAGUCCACCAGCUGAUGGGAUACUGUCCACAGUUUGACGCCCUCAGCGACCUGCUGACGGGCCGGGAGCAUCUGGAGCUCUAUGCCCGCCUGCGGGGAGUCCCAGAGGAGUCUGUCACCAAGGUGGCGCAGUGGGGCGUGAAGAAGCUGGGACUGACCCAGUACGCUGAGCGUGAGGCCGGAGGCUACAGCGGAGGCAACAAAAGGAAACUCUCCACGGCCAUCUCCCUCAUCGGGGCUCCUCCCGUUAUAUUCCUAGAUGAGCCAACUACCGGCAUGGACCCAAAAGCCAAAAGGUUUCUGUGGAACUGCAUCCUCAGCGUCACCAAAGAAGGAAGAGCUGUAGUUCUCACCUCCCACAGUAUGGAGGAAUGUGAGGCGCUCUGCACCAGAAUGGCCAUCAUGGUGAACGGCAGAUUCCAGUGUCUCGGAUCUGUGCAACACCUGAAGAACAGGUUUGGUGAUGGCUACACCAUCAUCCUCCGACUGAUGGAGACUCAGUCCGAACCGGACUCAUGCCCCGUCAGCGCUUAUCUAAAGACCUCUUUUCCCAGCAUCGAGCUGAAGGAGCGCCACCAGAGCGUGCUGCACUUCCAGCUGCCCUCACACGCCUGCUGCCUGGCUCGCAUCUUCGACGUGCUGGCCAACAACCACGAGGAGCUGGGCAUCAUCGACUUCUCUGUUUCACAGACCACGCUGGACCAGGUUUUUGUCAACUUCGCCAAAGAGCAGACGGAUGACGACGUCCUCACGGAUGUGGUCAUUGGUAACAGACCGGUACAAACCAGCCUCACUACACUGCAGUCCAGGGUCACUUCUCCCACCAUCCAACCGCAGCCGCCAAUCACACACCCUCAGCCAAGCAAGACUCCACAGCAGCAAGACAAAUCAUGUGACAGCAAACCAAAAGAGGGUAGAUCCAAAAAGCCAAAAGCUGACACGGUAAAAUCUAAAGGCAAAGACAACGGAGAAAAAAGCAACAGCGCGGCGAUGACCAGAAUGCCUCAGCGAGAGGAGAGGCCGCAGAGGAAAGGCAGGAGUGGCAGCAGUGGAUCAGACAGCAGUAAUGCGGAAGUUCUGCAAGAAUCCAGUAAAUCCAGCAGCUCCAAACACAGAGCAGGGAGCUCCAGUAAGAAUCCUUCUUCGCUCUUUAUAGUUGACAACAACACACAGGACAGUGCGCUAUGAAGUGGGCGUGUGCAUCGCAUGCACAGGAAACAGGUUCAAAGGACCGACUACAGUCAAAAGCUUUUUAUUACUCGCUGCAUGUUCGUGUGAGUGUUUUACAAUGCUGGCAGCGACCUCAAUAUGCAGCACGGAGCAGCAAAGCUGGUUGGUUCAAAGUAAGUGGAAAAAAUGGACUUUGAAAGUUACUUUUAGAGGUCAAUGUAUCCCCUCGGCCUCCUUUGAUGAGAGAAAAGCGAGUACUUUCUAAAAUGGCUUUGGUGCCUUGUUCGCCCGGUAACAUAUCUGCAGCUCUAAGCCCUUUAUUUGGGUUCAUGAAUCUUACACUGUGUCUUCUCUUUCUGUAUCAGUCUCAUCAGUCCAAAGAUUUGUUAGUUGUAAAAACAGUAUGCAAGGCUCAAUGUAAAAACCAGGGGUGGUGUUCCUCAGGGCAAAGUCAUUCGACCUCUCACAAUCUUAUCAUUUUGCUAAAAGCACUUUAAAAAAAGGAAAUUGCUGCAAACACUCAAACAGUAACUGAGUGCGUUACAUGUAAUAACCCAGAUAGUUUUAUGUAUCAAGAAGCUCUUAUGCUGUAAGUUCAUUGUGAAAUACCUAUAGUCAAAUUUAAUGAUGAAUGAGGAUUUCUUUUGUAAAUCAAAAUAUUUUAUUUAGUCCUUCGUCUGUCCAUAUAGUUUUGUUUUGUGUUUAUUUGCGGUUGGGUAACAAUGUCACUAUCCAAACAGCUUGUUACAUACGUUUGCAAAAUGUAGAAACAUCUGACAACUCUUUCGGCACAGAUAUUGAAAGUUCUGGACAUCACAUUUAUUUAUCACACGAUAUCAAACUAUUGAUUAAUUUCGGACACACGGCUGUAACUCUACACUGUGUUAGCGGCAUUGUGUCACUACAAAUUAUCCCAGAUAAUGCCAAACUGCAGCAGUAAAAUAAAAUAAUUGUUCCUUUUCCAUUUGAGCUGCAAACACCAAAUUCAAUUUUUUUGUAAUUUGAAUCUGUAUUUUUGUUUUCAUUUUCUAUUAAAAAAAAUGACACAGCUUCUGAAUGUUAGAAGCAGUUUUUUACUGGACUGUAAUGCACUGUUACAUAUUAUAAAGAUUAUUAUAAUUGUAUAAAGCGUAAGACAAACAUAAUUGAUCAGAAGAGAGUAUACAAUUAGGAGGAUUUCAUUCCAAAAUGCAACUAUAUAUAUAUAAUAUAUAAUGUAUUAUUUAAAAAGAUGAAAUGUAUUGAAAAAUGUGAAAUGAUGUACUACUGUUACAUUAAGAUGGAUUAAAAUGUCUAUGUCCUUUUGAAAUGAAUGUACUGUUAAAUGUACUUUUAAGGUAUUAUCCUUGACAGGUUCUACUUGAACAUACAGUUUGCUGAUAUAAGAUGUAGAUUGUAUACUGAAGAUAUGCUAGCAUAGAAAAAGAAAAACGGGUUUAAUUAUUUAAACAAUGUAUAUGUAUUAUUAAAAAAACAUAGUGAAAUAA